UUACAGUCUGUGGUUGUCAUUCGUUGUGUGGACGCCGGUGUGUUUAUUGUCGUGGCUGCAUGUAAUUGGACCGACACAGAAGACAGGCAGAAGGUUUUGACAGCCGCAUGGGACAGAACAGUUCACAGGGCGCCAAAAUGACUCCCCCUGUCCGUGUCAUCGUGGUGGGAGCUGGCUGUCGAGGGGAGAUCUACUCCAAGUUUGCAUCCGUCCAUCCUGAUCGCAUGAAGGUUGUUGGAGUUGCUGAUCCUAGGAAGUUUGCUCGCACUAAACUUCAACAGCAACACAAAAUCACAGAUGAAAACACAUUUGAUGGUGAGCAUCAAAAGAAAAAGAAAAAGCAUUUUAUUGUUUAUUAUUUUCUGCUACAUGCUAAACUGUUGAAUGCUCUAUUUUUCAAACUAGACUGGCACAGUAUAGUUGAGAGAGAGAAGUUUGCAGAUGCUGUGUUGAUUUGUACUCCAGACCGCCUUCAUAAGGAACCUGCUGUGGCCUUUGCAAAGAAGGGCUACCAUAUUCUGCUGGAAAAACCAAUGGCAACAACUGCUGAAGACUGCACUGCGAUUGUGGAGGCUUGCACUCAGAGCGGUGUGAUGCUGUCAGUGGGUCAUGUUCUCCGGUAUGAUCCCACCAUCCACAAGAUAAAGGAGCUGGUAGAUUCUGGAGUCAUAGGUGAUGUGAUGCAUAUUCAGCACCUUGAGCCGGUUGGCUUCUAUCACUUCGCUCACUCAUUCGUUCGAGGAAACUGGAGGAAUGAAGCCGAGAGCUCUUUUGUUCUUUUGGCCAAAUCGUGCCAUGACAUUGACCUAAUACAUAACUGGGCUGGAGCACGAAGGUGUGUGAAAGUGUCAUCAUUUGGAUCCGUCAGCCACUUCCAAAAAGACUGCAAGCCAAAAGGCGCUGCAGAUCGCUGCCUGGAUUGUUCAGUAGAAAAACACUGUCCAUACUCAGCACGCAAAAUCUACCUGGACAGAGUGAAACAGGGUCACACAGGCUGGCCUGUAUCAGUCAUAUGUCCAAACUCGUUGCCGGACAUCGAGUCAGUAACUGAGGCGCUGCGGACUGGACCAUAUGGCCGCUGUGUGUACGAGUGUGACAACGAUGUCUGCACUAACCAGGUUGUUAACAUAGAGUUUGAAGGGGGCCUGACCGCAGCCUUUUCCAUGGUGGCCUUCACUGAGGAGGUCUGCAAGCGAAAAACAACCAUUUAUGGCAGCAAGGGGGAGCUGUCAUACGAUGGCCAUGAGGUACGUGUGUUUGACUUUCUGACCCAGAGAUCCACAAAGCACAAACCACACAGCAAUACGCCCUGGCUGUUUGGCAUGAGUGGGCAUGGUGGAGCAGACUAUCACCUUAUGGAUGCCUUUAUUUCUGCUGUGGCGAGUAAUGAUCCAUCCCUGAUCCGAUCGGGCCCCGUGGAGACGCUGCUGAGCCACCUGCUGGUGUUUGAAGCUGAGCGUUCACGACUGGAGGGCAGGGUCGUGCACUGUGGUGAUGUUAGCGGGCGAGAUGACACUGAAAAACAUGUUGACAUGAAAAUGACCUCAUCUUAAAGAUCAAACACUAUGAUGCUACCUGGAUGAUCAAAGACACAAUUAGACUAAUGAAAGGCCAAAUCUUGUGAGAGUAUUUAUGUUAAUUAUUUAGUUAUAUUGCUCAGGGAUUUUAAUACUGUGGUGUUUGAGUCAGUGUGACUGACUGAGUGAAUCUGUUUAGUUUUUUUUUAAUUAUGUAAGCAACUUGUCAAGAACUUGAUCAUUUGUUGUUCAGCAUAAUGUCAAUGUACAAUCAUUUUUUGAUUAAGUAAUGUUCAUGUAUUCUCAUAAUUUCUACUAAAAUAUUGGAAAUAUGUGUAAUUUACAUUGUCUUUCAAUCACUAUCUGCUCUUAAUGUUCCUCUGAAUGCCAUCCCAUAAACAACAUGGUUUUUCCCA